AUGAUCUUUCUCGACAUGCUCAAGGACCCUUGCUUACGAGAGGCUGUCUUUGUUGUUGAUGCUCUAGAUGAGUGCUCAGACGAUAGCAGGGAAGAUCUCAUUGAUUUUAUUCUCGAGGCGUCCCGUGACUACUCCUCCAAAUGGGUCGUGUCUAGUCGCAACUGGCCGUUAAUUGAGGUACAGUUUCGAGGCUCCAAGGACGUUAGGGUACCGCUUGAGCUGAACAAGGAUUCUAUAUCUCAAGCCGUGAGGAUGUUUAUCGAAGACAAGGUUAAACAGCUGGCAGAACAAAAGCCAUACACCCCAGAAUUAAAGGAUGAUGUGCGCAACGGGCUGCUAAGCAAGGCCAACGACACCUUUCUCUGGGUGGCCCUGCGUAUGCUGGAACAAGUUUUCAGAUCGGAAGAUGGAGAUAUAUGCCGGAAAAUUCUUGCUACGGUCUGUAUCACAUACCGCUCCAUCUCAUUGGACGAACUGCGAACUCUCGUGACAGAGACCAAGAACUUCGAUGACAAGGAGUUAAAAGAGGUUAUUGGAGAGUGUGGCUCAUUUCUGACUCUUCAAGAGGAUAUUGUCGAUUUCGUGCAUCAAUCGGCCCAGGAUUUCCUCACUGACAGAGCCAAGAGCGAUAUCUUCCUUCCGGCGAAGAUCAACACUACCUCAUAUUCCGGCGAUCAUUGGACGCUUUGA